AUGCGAGCUGUACUACUCAAUCGGGGACGGACUCUUGGUAUUGGAUGCUGGAAUGUGCGAACGUUGCUGGACUCCGGUACCCAAAGUCUGACCGCGCGCAGCCUUGAUCAGUACAACGUGGAUGUCUGCUGUCUGUCUGAAGUUCGACUUCCUGACUCAGGCUUCCGUGAAAUAAAGAUCCCUGGAGUCGAGUCACACUUUACCCUGUACCACAGCGGCCCGCGCGACUCUUCUGGUCGGCACGGUGUGACGAUCGUCCUAUCGCAACAAACGGACCUCGCGCUACUUGCUUGGGAACCAGACAAUGAAUGGAUGGCCUACGUGCGAUUGAAGGGUCACUUCACGAACAUCUCACUCGUCUCCGUGUGCGCACCGACUUCGGCUGCCGAACAGCGUGAUAAAGAGGCGUUUUACUCGCAGUUGCAAGCGUUAGUUGAAAGACUGCGUCACCGCGAUCUUCUGGUUGUUGCUGGCGAUUGGAAUGGUCGAUCUGAACCUGGCGACCUCACAACCGGUCAUCUUCUUGGCCGCUUUGGGCUUGGUUCCCGAUGUGAAAGUGGUGAGAGACUGCUGAAUUUCGCCGAUCGAAACCGACUGCUUGUCACCAACACAUGGUUCCAGCAUCGCAAAAAAACAUCCGCUGGCCUGGUAUUCAAACGAAGGUCAUAG